AUGUCGUUAGGAGCUUCGAUGAACAAGAAGCCAACUACUGAGAAACCUGGCCAUCUCCCGGACUGCAACAGUGGUAUGCAGCUACUCGCUUCCCGACUUGAACACAUCAAACCACUAUCGUCCACUAAGGCAGUAGUAGCAUUGUGGUAUAGGAAUAUUUAUAUGCUGAUUCGGGCAGCAAUGUCCGUUUGGUCCUAUUAA